AUGCAAAAACGAGAAAUCAUAAUAGACAAGUUUCUAAACUCCCUUUGAUAACAAAAAAAAAUGAAAAAUCUCUUUUCGGAAAAUCAACCCUCUAUAGGAUCAAAAAAUUUUCUAUAAAUUAAUUGAUAAAUAUUACAAUUUAAAGUUAAAAGAGGAAAUAUUUACUUUAAAAAUCAACACUGGUGGCCAAAAACUUCUUGCUUUUUCACAGAAGGUAAGCUCAAAUCCUGCCAAUAUGAUCAUCUCUGUAGAAUCAGCUGAAAAACAUGCAGAAGAAGGCUACACUCAAUAUCUCAUUGUGCUUUCCGUCGACCAUCUUGAGCAUGUCGUGUAUAGGAGAUUUUCACAAUUUUCUGAGCUGAACGACUCUAUAAAGGCCACCUUUCCCCGCGUGGACCUGCCUGACUUCCCUUCUAAGUUCAGCAUCUAUAACCGAAUUGAGCAGCGCAAAAAACUCUUUCAUGGCUACCUCAACGGCAUCCUCAAACUUUGUAUAGAAUUUCCUCCACUUCCAAGAGACACUAUGAUGAAAAUUUUAGCAGAAUUUUUAGAAAUCGUAGGGGUUGACAAAAAACAGCCUGAGGAGCCUAAAAUUCCGAGGCAACUCAGAGAGUCUUUUGUAGACUCCUCACAGGUCAUACAGUCCUCAGAAACAGGCUUUGUUGACAUAAAAUUCGGCCCAGAAGACUGACAAAGACAUUAUGCGUCGCUAGCAUACUCAAAUUUAUAUUUGUCUCCUGACGACAAUGAAAGCAAUUUUACACAUGUGAUAAGCUGCUUUGGGGCAAAUAUAGGGUAAAUAUUUUUUUAACGAGACAAAUUACAGUAAUUUUUCCUAUAAAUAUGACUGUUAUUUACCUCACAUAUGUAAUAAUUUAGUUUUGCCCACAAAUAUAGUGACUAAGGAUAAUAAUAUUUUGGAAAUUAAUCAUGACUACCAAAAAUUCCCGAUACUUAUCAGAGGAAAAAACAGCCAAAAUAUACAGAAAUGAAGCAAGGCUCUAGUGAUUGCAGCAACAGCAAAACAAGACUCACCUCUUGCGUCUUAUAGGAUUAUUUGUGCAGGGAGAAUUAUUGUGAAAAUAAAGACAGGGGAUUUUCUUAAACCAUUAAAGCCUUCAAGCUCUGGCAAAACUCAGUUUUUCGUAAAGGUCGAGCUGUAUCCGUUUUCUUUCCAAACAUCAGUGCUACCUCAAGAAGACUUAAUUGAUUGGAACCAAUUGUUUGUGAUGUAAAGCUUAUUUUAGGCCAGUGAUGAAUAGGUUUUUCAUAUUGAAUUUAUCUUAGUCUUACUCUUACUUAGCUUAGUGUUUACCUUCUUCAGCAGGAUGACUAGGACGCAACCCUCCUUUUAGCUCAAAAGUGAUGACUUCCUACGUUAUAUCAUAUUUCAGACCUGGUCAGAAAGUCUCAUGAUACCCAAUGCACUCACUUUGCCUUACUCAGGGGAUCACCUUCCCUGGGUGUGCUGAGGGGAAAAGCCUUAAGCCUCUUGAUGUACUUGAAGCAGUCAUGGCCUUAUGAUAAAUUCAAACCGAUAUUGCUGUGCAGAAGUUCUCCAGGAAAAAUCCAACCCAUAAAUAUUCCAUGAGGAAGAGAAUUUCUCUCAAAACGAGUGACAUUAUUAAAUUUAUCAAUCUGCUAUUACUCGUCUGAUGCAUGGCUCAAGCAGCAUGCAAAAGAAGAAGUCCUCGAGGAAUUUAGCAUCACAAUCAAUGAUAUCUCAUUAUUUCCAUUUUCUAAUGGCCCUGUGAAGCUAUUUUUGAACAAAAGUGACAGCAAGAGAAAGAAAAGCGCUGAUGAAGGACCUUCGUUUAUCACUGUAGAACUAGUCCAUGAAGCUUCAUUUAUGUCUAUGUUUAUGCCGCCUCCUUCACAUUUUUUCGAAGACACUGAAAUCCCAGAAAUCGCUACUAUGAGAGAACUGAAAAUUGCGUCUAAAAGACUUAAAAGAGUAAGGAUCCUUUAUAUACGGUUCUUGAAGACUAUUUAUAAAGUGUUUUUAUGGACUUACCCAAGAUUCUCAAUGGUGUGCUUAAUUUUGUUUAUUUUAUUAGCGGCAUUUUUGCCUGCACAAUAUGUCGUUCCUUUGGCACUUUUUAUUUUAUUGAUGUUUUGCUUGUCCUUAAACCCAAGAUCUGAAGGAAUUAUCAAUUGGGUCAGCAGUUUUUUCUUUACAGAUGAGCUGAGGACGAAGCCAAUUCCAAGCAUGAAAACAAUAAAGCAAAAAGACCACGAAAAUAAGAGCAAGUUUACCAUUUUAAAAGAAAAAACCAAUGAAGGAGUCAUGGACAGGUGAAAAAAGUUCAAAGAAGACGCUGUCGAUAUCCAAAAUCUUCUGAUUAAAAUAUCAAUCUGAGCAGAAAAAACAAGGCAAAUUUUCUUGUGGGGAGACCCAUUGAAGAGCUUGUAUUUUUGUAUUGGGCUGAUUAUUGGAAUUUAUAUUUUCUAUACAGUCCCUAUGAGACUUGUAAUUUUAACUGCGGGGUGUCAUAGAUUUUAUAAGGGAAGAAAAAGCAGCAAAAGACGUUUAGAUCAUAAUACAAAAGUAUGCAAAGAAGUCCUAAAAAGCUUGUACUCUCAGCAUCUGAAAAGCCUCUCUGUGAAAUCGACUGAGCUAUGGCCAAGUGAUAUUGUCACUAACCCAAAUCUGCAGAAAAAGAUCAUUGAAACUAUAAGAACGCGCUUAAAACUUGCAGCUGAGCCAAGCCUUUUCCAAGAAUACCCAACCCCUUUAAGCCUUUUCGAUGCGAUGAGAGCUGUUGAAUUCACUCUGAAACUUAAAAGCACAAAAGGAGAACGAAUGAUGGAUCCGAAUAAAAGAGAUCGGUCAACUUUCUUAUACAAAUUCAUGAUGAAUAUUCCAAGUGAAUACUAUCGAUACCUUCAUCCAAAGCUUUUAGAUGUCGAACCAGUAAAUAAUGUUAACACUUAG